UAUUUGAUUAUAAUAUCAUUGGCUACAGCUAAUAUGGAAAAUGUGGAUAGUAUAAAAGAUUUAAAUACAGCAGACAGUGAAUAUGUUUAUCGGCCCUUGUAUGUGUAUAGAAGAAUAGAACAUAGUAAACGACGUAUAACGAUGUUCAAUUCGUUCGCAGGAUAGUAGAGGUCAAGACCAUCCAUGCAGGGAUAUCACCAGUUCAUGAUUUUAGAAAUCAAUUAACCUCAGUUGGAGAUAAAUUAUUACCAAUGAAUUCACCUUACAAUGUCAUCAAGCAUUUGGAUAAUUCCGUGACAAAAGCGACAAAAAAUGUCACCCACAAUCCAAAAAUGGAAGAAACUUUGUAUCAACUAUCAAAAGAUUUGGUAUCAGCUAUACUUUCUAAACUCGAGAUUCAAGAUAAGCUAACAAGAAUAACUCGCGAGGCUUUAGACGCUCCAGGAAAAACCAAGGGCAUGACUGCCAUAGAGACUCGACGCAUCCUUGACUACAUUUCAAGAACUUUAUCAGGACAUAUUCUUACUAUCACAAGAGCUUCCACAGAACCUGAAUUACACAGAUUAGUUUAUGGUUUGUCUCAAAUUGCUGCGGAAGUGUCAAUUGUAUCAGCACUAAGAGACAUAACUUACGCUACAGCUCUAUCGAAAAAACAGUCCGUUGAUCUUUCCCUGCGUAAAAAGAGAUCUAUAUUACCCAACAAUGCUAACAUUGUAGCUUCUACACCACAACCUAGCCAGUCUACAGUUUACGAUAUUAUAUUAAAUAGACCCAUAUUUAUAUCUUCAACGGAAGCACCAAGCAGACUACUUAAUGUUACUCGAUAUUCUGUUAAUUUAUCAAAGAAGUCUGUAAAUAUAAUUCAAAGCAAAAAACGAGCUCUGCCAUCUCCCUCGAAAGGAUUUUUAAAUCAGACAAUUCUGGAUGCACUAGUUAAUGAUGAUAUAAAUGAUACGGAUGCAAUUAUAGUACAGAAUAAAUUAAAUACCACUCAUGUCAUUACACAAGACAGUCAAACACUUGACAACCAGGAAAUGAGUGCACCGAAUCUUAUUGAUGAUUGGGUCGACCCAAAAGAAAAAAUAUACACCCUUAACCCAGAUGUCAUAGCUGAAAUGGAAAUCGAUCAGCCAGAAGUAGAAGAUGAUGUAGCCAAUGAAAAGAAGACGAAACAAAAGCUCGAAAGAUUGGAAAUAAAAGCUAAAAAAGCAAUUUUAUACGCUGGUGAUGUAGCAUAUUUGACUGCAGCAAGCGUCGUGGCUAUGCGACGUGCGUUGACGGCAUCAAUUGAAGUCCAGAUGUCAGUAAAAUAUGCCAAAAAUGGUAUGUCGAACCAUCAAGAUUUAAUGAUGAAUUUGGCUAAAACGGCAGCCCAACAAGCGGGCAAAGAAGCGAAGAGUGCAACAUCAAAGUCUCUAGCUUGUGAAAGGGUUAUAAAACUAGCUUUAAAGUACACUGCGCAAUCAAAAGGAGCAAAAUUGAAUCACGUUGCCAAUAGAGUUGUUAUGGACACGUUGUCAUUGGCAACACUUGCAAAGUCUAUGGCUUUUGUGUCAUCCGAUAUUGCUAUUAAUUCUUUGUACCAAGCCACCGACGUAAAACCACCAUCAUGAUCAUAAAUAAAAACUCAGGACGUUAA